AUGACUAACAAGGAUCUUAGCAAGUUAUGGAAACUGUCCAAUAUCCUCAUAUCAUUGCAGGCAGCUAAGAAGGAUCCACGGCUACCAGGUCUUGCGUGUCUUGACCAAAGUUUAUCACAAAGACAAAUCAAAGAAAAGCUACCACCUAUACUGAAGGAGAAAUGGGGCGAUGCAGUUGCCAGCUACAAGGCUACACAUCUAGACCAGUCUCCCCCUUUCUCAUACAUAGUGAGCUUCAUCACCCAGAUGGUGAAGGAUCAUAAUGAUUCCCAAUCUUACUAUGACCCCCCUCGGUAUGACCCUCCCUUAGAGAGUGUACCCACACAAGACACCAAGGCAAAAAUGGAGGCAUCUGUACGCUCGACAGGGGUAUCAAGCAUGACCAACUCACCGACGGCAGAGGUGCCAAAGCCUACGGAGCCAUUUUGUCAGUUUCACAAGAAGACGCACCCACUGAACAAAUGCAGAGAGUUCAGAACGAAGCCAUUGGAGGAGCGGAAGGCUUUGAUCAAGGAGUACCCGUUAUGCUUCAAGUGCUGCGAGUCCAAGGACCACAUAGCUAAGGACUGUAAAACUGUUAUCAAGUGUCAUGUGUGUGACAGCAACAAGCAUGCUGGGGCCCUGCAUCCAGACUCUGAUCCACCACAGCAACCCACGCCUAGCUCCUCUACCACGGCAACUUCUGCAGAAUCAUUGAAUACGCACACUCAGCCUGUUGGCGCCCACUGCACUCAGGUUUAUGGCACCAUGAAGAGUCAAAGGUCCUGCCAUCAGAUAUGUCUUGCUAAAGUUUUCCCCAUAGGUCAUCCGAAGAAGGCCGCAAAGAUUUUCUGUUAUUUUUUGUCUUUCAGGGAUUUGAGCAUGAAUAACAUCAGCGAGUUGCUUCCUGGUGACUUCCAUCACUUGCGCUUUCUAGAAGAAUUGCGCUUGUCUGGAAAUCAGCUCUCUAUGAUCCCAGGAGAAGCAUUUUCCGGCCUCUACAAUUUAAAGAUUCUGAUGUUACAGAACAAUCAACUAAAUCAAAUCCCAGCAGAGGCUCUGUGGGAUCUUCCAAACCUUCAGUCACUGCGACUGGAUGCCAACUUGAUUUCUGUGGUUCCAGAUAAGAGCUUUGAGGGGCUGCCCUCCCUACGUCACCUUUGGUUGGAUGAUAAUGCCCUGACAGAGAUCCCUGUCAAAGCUCUCAACAAUCUCCCAGCACUACAAGCCAUGACUUUGGCACUCAACCAAAUCUGGCACAUUCCUGACUAUGCUUUCCAGAACCUCACCAGCCUUGUGGUGCUACACCUGCAUAAUAACCAGAUCCAGAGCCUGGGAACACAAGGCUUUGAAGGACUCCACAGCCUGGAAACUCUGGACCUAAACUAUAAUGAGCUGGUGGAAUUUCCCGUGGCCAUUAGGACACUCGGCCAACUUCAAGAGCUAGGCUUCCAUAAUAACAACAUCAAGGCUAUUCCAGAGAAAGCGUUUGCUGGGAAUCCAUUACUCCAAAUUAUGACCUUGACCCGGGCUGGGAUCCAUUUGCUUCCUGGAGGAAUGUGUCAGCAGUUGCCCAGUCUGCGAGUUCUUGAGCUCUCACACAAUCAAAUUGAGGAGCUGCCCAGUUUUCACUGCUGCCAGAAGCUGGAGGAAAUUGGCCUCCAGCACAACCGGAUUCAUGAAAUCAGAGCAGACACUUUUGGGCAGCUCACAGCCUUGCGUUCCAUAGACCUGAGUUGGAACUUCAUUCAGACCAUCCACCCUGAGGCCUUUGUAACCCUCCCCUCCCUUGUUAAACUGGAUUUGACUGACAAUCAGCUGGUGACACUGCCAUUGUCUGGUCUGAAUGCACUAACUCAUCUGAAACUGAAAGGCAACCCUGCACUCUCUGAGUCCUUCCCUAAGGAAAACUUUCCUAAGAUGAGGGUCUUGGAGGUGCCCUAUGCUUACCAGUGCUGUGCCUAUGGGGCAUGUGGCAACUUCUUCAAAGUUUCCAGUCAGUGGGAUUCUGAGGAUACGAGUCCUGAGGAUGAGGAUGGCCACAAAAGGAGCUCAGGACUAUUUCCAAACCAUGCUGAUAAUCACUAUGACCUGGACAUGGAGGAUUUCCAGUUGGAAAUGGAAGAUUCAAAGCUACAUCUGAACAUCCAGUGCACACCAAGCCCUGGUCCCUUCAAGCCAUGUGACCACCUGUUUGAGAGCUGGGUAAUCCGCCUGGGUGUCUGGCUGAUCAUGUUGGUCUCCAUACUGUGCAACGGGCUGGUCAUGGUGGUUGUCUUUGCCUCACCUGGCUAUCUGUCUCCAAUCAAAUUUGUCAUUGGCAGCAUUGCCGGAACCAACAUGCUGACGGGCAUGUAUUGUGCCAUCCUGGCCUUUGUGGACACCAUCACCUUCGGCCAUUUUGCCAGAUAUGGAGCCAGGUGGGAGACGGGUGCAGGGUGCCAGGUCACUGGAUUCUUGUCAGUGUUUGCUUCAGAGGCGUCCAUCCUUCUCCUAACAUUGGCUGCUAUUCAGUGCAGUCUGUCAGUGUCGUGUAUGAAGACCUAUGGGAAAGUGCCUUCCUUUGGCAGCGUGAAGGCGGGUGCCAUGUGCUGCCUGACACUCUCCUCUGUGGCUGCCGCUCUCCCUCUGCUUUCUGUGGGAGAGUAUGGGUCUUCCCCUCUUUGCCUGCCUUACCCCCUCCCUGACGGAAAACCUUCCAUGCUGGGCUUUAUGGUGGCCCUGGUGCUGGUCAACACCCUCUGUUUCCUCAUCAUCACUGGCACAUACAUCCGCCUGUAUUGCAACCUGCUGAAAGGUGACUUUGACUCCGUCUGGGACUGUGCUAUGAUUAAGCAUGUCGCCUGGCUCAUCUUUGUCAACUGCAUUCUCUAUUGUCCUGUGGCCUUCCUCACCUUCUCUUCCAUGCUCAGCCUCUUCCUCAUCACCCCUGAAGUCAUCAAGUCUGUCCUGUUGGUGGUGCUACCUCUUCCAGCUUGCUUGAAUCCCCUGCUCUAUCUGCUCUUUAACCCCCACUUCAGAGAUGACUUGAGACUACUAAGGCAUAAGAGCCAGGCCCAGGAGAGCUGUGCCCAGUCUUAUGUGUCCGAGGACACAGAGAAGAGCUCAUAUGACUCUAUGCAGGCCCUUGUUCCUUUCUCUGACAUGGAUCAUAUAUUUGAGGCACCAGACAUCUUUGGAGUGCCGUCUAGAUGCCCACCAGGCCUGGACACCUACAGCUUCCCUUCAGUGACUCUCAUCCCAUGCCAACAAAAGACAGGUACCAGAAGGCAUGACAGUGACUUCUCCACUCACCUCUCUUGCCUUGCCGACAACGAGCUACUAAUUGCAUCAGAAAGCAGAGACCCAGCAAGGAACAGCCUUCGGAUCACCUUGUUUCCCACAUCACCAACACCAGCCUUUACUUCUCACUUAUAAAAGUAGUCCUCCAGUCCCCUUUGGAGGGAAACAUGGUCCAGUAUAUCACUUCUUCUGGAAAAAGCCAAGGUGC